UAUCUCUCUUUCCGAUUCUGUUCAUUCAUCUCUGCCCUAGCGUUAUCUUCUUCUUCUUCUCUCUCUCUACCCAUCUCGCAAACUUUGCUCAAAUCCUCUCUAACGAGAGAGAGAGAAGGAAAGAAGAACAAAGGCGGUAGUUUUUGUAAUGAUGCAGUCGACAAACGCUGCUCCCGAUCUGAAUUACCAGCAACAACCGGCGGCAACGAUGCAACAUCAGCCGAGUCAUAUGCAACAACAGAUGUGGAUGCAACAAUAUCAACAAUGGAUGGCUAUGCAUCAGUACCCAGCUGCGGCAAUGACGGCUCAACAAGUCAUGUAUCAGCCGCAACAGCAUUAUAUGCCAUAUCAACAACAUGUUCAACAUUAUCAGCAGCCUCAAUUGCAGGUUAAUUCUCAGAUUCAAGCAUCAACUGAAGAUAAUAGGACGAUCUGGAUCGGAGAUCUACAACAAUGGAUGGAUGAGGGUUAUCUUAAUAAUUGCUUUGCUCACACCAAUGAGGUUUCAUCUCUGAAGAUAAUCCGCAAUAAGCAGACUGGGCAAUCAGAGAGGUAUGGUUUUGUUGAAUUUCACUCCCACUCGGCAGCUGAGAAAGUUCUGCAGAACUUCAAUGGAACUCCAAUGCCAAACGGAGAUCAGCUUUUCCGCUUGAACUGGGCGGGCUUCAGCUCCGGCGACAAACGGGUGGCGGCUGAUGCUGGUCCGGAUCUUUCGGUAUUUGUGGGAGAUUUGACUUCAGAUGUUACAGAUGCUAUGCUCCUUGAAACCUUUGCUAGUAGAUACCAGUCUGUUAAAGGUGCUAAAGUAGUAGUUGAUACAAGCACCGGCCGUUCAAAAGGCUAUGGUUUUGUUAGGUUUGGCGAUGAGAAUGAGAGGGCAAGGGCCAUAACUGAGAUGAAUGGAAUGUUUUGUUCUACUAGGCAAAUGCGAGUUGGGGUUGCAACUCCGAAAAAGCAGGGAGGACCUCAACAGUACCCGUCACAAGCUCUGAUAUUAACGGGGGGAUAUGCACUCAAUGGUGCUGCACACCAAACUAAUCAAUCUGAUGGUGAUACAUCUAGCACUACUAUAUUUGUCGGAGGGCUUGAUUCUGAAGUUAUCGAUGAGGAUCUCAGGCAGCCCUUCUCUCAGUAUGGAGAGGUUAUUUCUGUGAAAAUUCCUGCUGGGAAAGGUUGUGGUUUUGUUCAAUUCACUAACAGAAACGAAGCUGAGGAGGCAAUCCAGGGACUGAACGGAACUGUUAUUGGCAAGCAGGUGGUUCGUCUUUCUUGGGGUCGAAGUCUUGGGAACAAGCAGUUCAGAAAUGGAUACUAAAGCAGCAGUGACAGAGUAAGAAGAACCUGUUCCGAGAAAUCAUCUUAAAGAGAGCAAACAAGGACGGGCAUGCAAUAGAUUAGAGAUUAAGUAAGAUUUCAUGCCAGAACUUGUUUGCAUCUCAAACCAUGAAGGGAUACGAUCAAAUCAUGUGACUCAAAAAUAAACAAACUUAUAUUUCACUGAAGAGGUGAUGAAAAAACAAAAACAAAACAGGCAGGUUCUUCUUCUUCUUCUUAGUCUCGAUGUGUUGUGUGUCGUCGGUUGUGUUUUUCUCCUACGAUGUGUUUGAACUUUUAGAUUGAUAUUUUCGAGACUUCAUGCACUUUCAUUUAUUAGGAUUUCUUUGAGAUUUCAGACUUUAUUUAUUAUGUUCUAGCAUAUCAGAUUGAUUGA